CAUUUUCCCACCGCCCCUUCCCACUCCGACGACAACACACAUCGUCUCCUCCAUUAGGAUAUUUGAUAAGAUUGGUUUGAUAAAAAGAAGCACCCUCAACACGAUACGCUCGCUUUGUACAGGUUGGUGCUGUUUUAACGGUCCAUUUCUUCCUUUGGUGGAGGGUGGCAUUUCUUCUGUUUUUGCUUUAGUUUGCUUCCACAACGCAACCAAACACAACCGAAAUCCUUUGCGAGUUUCAUUUACAAAACAGACAACACAAAAGCGCCCCUUAGUGUGUUGUUUACCAUUGGUGGCUCUGAUAAAAUAGUGAGGCCGUUUUUUCAUGGCUGCUAGUGCAUUCCGUCUGUGGUGGUGUGUGCCAUUCGUCACAGUCAAUUUAAUCUGAACCAAACAUAAUCAAAAGUGAACAACAAAAAACCGGAACGGUUAAAACGGGUGGGAUUUUCCCUCUGACUGGCGCCCACCACCGCUUUUGUACACAUCAUCAGCAGCAGCGUCAGCAAAUCGCCAUCGCGUUCCAGGCGUCGCCAUUAAUUUCGAUGAUACAGUGAUUAGCCGGCUUGUUCGCCAGCAUAGCAGAAAAAACCGCGUGUUUGCACCUGUGACUGGCUGUGACGACUCUUCAUAUCAGCCGAAGCAAGAGCUUGCCCUCUAUCCCGCCAGUCAUCAUGUUCCAGAAGCGGCAGUUGCGCAUCAUCUACCUGGUGAUUUUGAUCAUCGUACUGGUGCUGGUCUACAAAAGCUUCACCCAGCACGGACCGCCGGCCGCUGAGGGCGACGUGGAGCAAACGUCGGGUGGCAAUGAGGCGAUGCUCAAACCAAGCGCACCGGUUUUAGUCGUGGUGUACUAUGAGGCACUCUGUCCGGAUUCGAAAAACUUUGUCCUCCACCAGCUGCAGCCCGCGUUCGAUAGAGCGCCGGAGCUGAUGGAUAUAGAGUUUGUCCCGUUCGGAAAAGCAUCGUGGACGACCAAAUCGGACGGAUCGCUCGAGUUCGACUGCCAGCACGGGCCGAUCGAGUGCGAAGGGAACACGAUACACGCCUGCGUCGUGGAAGCCGUCCGGGAGCCGCGCACCCGGCUCGCCAUGGUGGCGUGCAUGAUCCAGAACAACAUCAUGCCGCGCGACAUAUUCUAUCGCUGUGCCAAGGAGCACGGGGUGGAGAUCGAAUCGAUCAAAAAGUGCUUCGACAGCCCGCACGGUGCGGAGCUGCUGAAGGUGCACGGCGAGGCAACGCACGCCCUUCGACCGGCCGUUUCGUUCAUACCGACCGUUACGCUCGAUGGGGCACAGUACGUCCAGAAGUCGAUCCUGAAGGAUCUGUUCGGCAACGUGUGCCAGGUGGUGGCGGGUCGUGGCCCGAAGCCGGACGUGUGCAAAUGAUAGCAGCUAGUGCUGCACUUCCUGGCGCGCUACCUACAGUCGGAGGUGCUGGACGAGGUGCGCCAGCUACCGGGGCAGUUGCGACGCGGAUUGUUUUGGCUGUUGAACUAAGCUGCUACUGCCAGCAAUGAAAUAUCCUUAAAUCAAGUCCAUCCAAUCGUUGAAAACUUACGGUCAGGUUUCUUUCCAAGAGGGGCUCCUCAGAGUCGCGAGGGGAUGAAAGUCAUCCUUCGUUCCAGUAAUCCGUUCCCUGAACCAUCUCUCUUUUGUAAUUAAUUUUCUCCUUCUGUGCUUCCUACCCCACUACAUUGGGUCAAAACAUAAAGCACAUACUACCGCUGGCUGCUGAAAUUAUAAAUAGGUAAUCGAAAACACAACAAACAAACAAACCAAACAGUA